GUUUGUUUACUGUCAGUUGGUUAUAAAAAAAACAUUUUAGGUUAUAAAUAAACAAACAUUUUCACUUGCUUACCAACAUAUAGCAUGAAUACAGAUAGGAAAAGGGCAGAUCGCAUUUCUGAUACACAAAAGGAUAUCAUUUUAGCAUUCAUGAAAGAUGACCUACAGUUUGCUGCAGGCAAAUUUGAUGAGAAUUUAUCUCCGUCCAAGGCAUUAUUGAAAUGGAGGGAUCUAACAAAUAUUUUGAAUACAUUUCCUGGUCCUAAAAAGGACUGGAGAAGCUGGAAAAAGACUUGGCAAGACAUGCGAUCUAAAGCAAAGAGAAAAGCUUUAACAAGUAUGGUACAAAAUGGGAAAAUUAGAUCCCUAAGUAAAAUACAAGAAGGAAUUUUAGCAGUUGUACAAAUGUCUGAAGAACUACAUGGGAAUUGUGAUGAGAACAACUGUGAUGAUGAAAUUUUCAUGAAUAAUGACAGCAAAAGCUUUAAACGUGAUCUCAGUGUAGACAGUGACAAUUUAGGUAAUAGUGCAUCUCCCCUAAAUAUCAAUGAAGAUGUUGAAAUUGGUGAGAAUAAAGAACGCAUUAAUUUGCUUUUGGGAAAUGAAACCAUAAAUGAAUUACCUGAACAGAAAGACAAAAUAUCAAUAAAUUAUUACGAAAGAAAAUUAGCUGCCCUAGAAAAGAUAGCUGCUGCUAAAGAAAGAAGUGUAAAAGCUAAAGAGAAAAUUGCUUCUGAAUUAUCAACUAUUUCAGAACUACUCACUAAACUUGUUGAUAAAUAGAAUUCAUCAAACAUUUGACAUAGAUUAAAUUGUGAUGACUUCUUGAAAAAUUGUUCAAUAGAACUUUGGAGGUGAAACUCAUUGAGAGAAACACAUACAGAUAUGUAUCCUUUAAUAGGUCUGAAGUCAGUAGAUUGUGGUACAAAAUACCUGAAGCCUUAGCAACCAAAAGUUCAAUUCAAUUUUUUAAUGGAACAUUUGAAUUUUGACCAAACUUAAUUUACAAAGUUUGUGUUUUUUAUAAACUGGUAACAUGUCAAUACAAAAACUUUUUGUAAUGUUUUGACAAGAUCCAAACUGUAAAGUUACCUUAGAUCAAUUAAUUACUAUCUUUCAUAGAUCAAAAAUUCAUUCUACUCAGAGGCUCCAGUUUUUUAUAUCAUAUGAGUAUUGUAAAUAGUUUCCUUAAAAGGAAGUACUAAUUAUUAAUUGAUAUUCAAUGUUGAAAACUGCAUUCUCUACCUCAUGGAAUGUUCAUAUUUAUUCAAACAUGAUAACUUUGAUCUAUGUUGCAAUGCAAUAUGUCUAUAAUUUAUAUUUUUAAUUUAUUUUGAUUGUUCAUUCAAAUGAAAUAUGUAAUUUGUUAACAAUAAAU